AUGAGCUCCUUUCUAACAACCAUCGGCCUCCGCGCCACAAGUCCCCUCGAUACAGUCCCAAACUUUGGUCCCGCCUUCCUAGCAUUCCACUUCAUCUGGGCCUACGGCGUGCUCUCCUCGCGAACGCUCAAGCAAUGGUACGGCAUCGACCAUCAAGUAUCUCCACGCGAGGAUCUCGCAAAGUACGGGGAGGCGGCGGUCCGAGACGGGAAACUCACGCGGAAACAACUCGACAUGCUCAAGCGCAAUGAAUCAGCUCAUGCCAAUUCGGUCGAGAAUUAUUCACUCUUGGUGGGAAGUCUGCUGUUUGCAUCAUAUGCUGGGGUGCCGUCGCAGAUUAUCAAUGCGGCUGGUCUUUCGUAUACUAUUGCCCGUAUCAUCUAUGGUGGCGUGUAUAUCUUCGUUGGUACGCCCAAGUGGAGUUGGACUCGUGGUUUGGUCUGGUGGUGGGGCAAUUUGAGCUGUCUCACGCUAUUGUAUCAGGCUGGGAAGCGUCUCAGUGCAUGA